CCCCAGUUCUGCCUGUCUGUCCCUCUCCUACCCCUCCUUCCACCUGGUUAUUCCUCCCUGCAAAAGUUCUCCCCAUCCUUCCCUUCCCAUUCUGAUAGCAAAGAAUGUACAGCUAGGGCAGUGCCUUCAGAAGAUGUUAUUGAGCACGCUCAGAUCGGUGGAGCAUACCAGUUGCAGGAAGCAGUGUCUAGCACUACGCCUGAAACUCUCCACUCCCUUGCAAGCUGCACAGAGUAGCUAGUCCAGACCAAGCCACCGUUCUCACCAGCAGGGGCUCAGAGCAUCGGAGCCUCUUCUCUCAUGGAAUGAAAACUUCCAUCCAGCACAAGUGAUCAGGAGUGAAGAGAGAGGCUAAAAAGCAUGUCGGAGUUCUGGUUAAUUUCUGCACCGGGGGAUAAAGUAAAUCUGCAAGCCCUGGAGAGAAUGAACACAGUGACAUCCAAAGCCAACCUGUCCAGCAACAAUAAAUUCCUCAUCCCAGACCUCAAGGUGGGGACAUUGGAUGCUCUUGUUGGUCUCUCAGAUGAGUUGGGAAAACUUGAUAGCUCUGCUGAAAGCGUAAUAAAGAAAGUAGCACAGUACAUAGGAGAGGUUAUGGAGGACUCGAAAGAUAAAGUCCAGGAGAAUCUUCUGGCCAAUGGAGUUGACCUAAUUAGUUACCUGACCCGGUUUGAGUGGGACAUGGCCAAAUAUCCCAUAAAGCAGCCACUGAAGAAUAUUUCAGAAGCAUUAGCAAAGCAAAUCACACAAAUAGAAACAGACCUGAAGUCCCGAACAGCAGCGUACAACAACAUUAAAGGAAAUUUGCAAAGCCUGGAAAGAAAAACUGUGGGAAGUCUGUUAACUCGUACUUUAGCUGAUAUAGUGAACAAAGAAGACUUUGUGCUGAAUUCAGAAUAUCUCAUCACUCUUCUCGUUGUAGUUCCAAAAUCAAACUAUGCACAAUGGCAAAAAACAUAUGAAUCCCUCUCCAAUAUGGUAGUGCCUCGAUCCACAAAAAUGAUUGCUGAGGAUGCGGAGGGAGGACUCUUCACUGUGACACUGUUUAGAAAAGUGAUGGAUGAUUUCAAAGCCAAAGCGAGAGAAAACAGGUUCAUGGUCCGAGAAUUUUAUUUUGAUGAGAAAGAACUGAAAUGUGAAAAGGAAGAAAUGAUUAAAUUAGCUUCUGAUAAGAAACAACAAUAUGGGCCACUACUGCGCUGGCUGAAAGUAAACUUCAGUGAAGCAUUUGUGGCUUGGAUUCACGUAAAAGCCCUGAGAGUUUUUGUUGAAUCUGUCCUGAGGUAUGGCCUACCCGUGAAUUUCCAGGCAAUGCUGCUGCAGCCCAGCAAGAAGUCUGUAAAACGCCUCAGAGAUGUUCUAAAUGCAGUCUUCAAACACCUGGACGAAGUAGCAGCAGCAAGUAUAUUGGAUAUGAGCAUGGACAUUCCUGGUUUACAACUGAGCAAUCAAGAAUACUAUCCUUAUGUCUAUUUCAAGAUCGACCUCAGUCUUCUUGAUUACAGUUAAGAAUUAAAAAAAAAAAUUUUUAAACAAAAAA